AUGAGCGCGUUUUACGAGCACAAAGACUUGGAGGAGGACUUGAGCGGCGCCAAUUGUCCUGAGGAUGAUUUCCAGUUCGAGGACUUGUUUGAGUAUGAGGCACCUGGCAGCGACACGGCGCAGAGGCACCAAGAUGACCCAAACCUCAGCACUCACAAAGUCCUCAGCCCAGACUCGGAUCAUUCCUUUCCACUGGAAGAACCAUCUCAUUAUCACCACAAGCCCUACAGCCCGCCCUACAGUGCCGACCCUAGAGGUGACGUAUUACCUGUGUUCGAGCAUCCAGAGCCCAGGGGGGGAUACCAUCUGGCCCUCAGCCCCCGCAUCGAGAUCACCCCAUCCAGGGAGCACUUCCAGCAUGACUCCCUUCACAACCACCACCAGAAUCUCAGCCCCAGACCCACGCUCACAGUUCCAGGCCACGAAAACCUGUCCUACCGUGAGCCGCAGUGCCUAAGCCCAGCCAGCAGCAACUCGUCCACCUCCUGGCAUUCGGAGAGCUAUUCUCCCUGGGCGUCUCCGUGUGUUUCCCCCAGUAACAGCGCUCACAACACGGGGGAUCUGUGCCCGCGCUUCCAGAACAUCCACACUGGAUCUCCCCGCACCUCCCCAGGCACCUCUCCACGCACCAGUCUGACGGAGGAGGGCUGUGUGGGGCCGCGGUCGCCCUCACCCAGGGCAGGGUCCCGCUCCACAUCUCCGCAAGGGAAGCGCACCUACGAUAUGUACCGCAAUUCAGGUUUGCUCCCAGGCCACCGCUCCAGAAGCCCCUCCCCUCACGGGCGUCACGACGACCAGGGCAUUGGCGCGCACUUCCCCGGCCUCGGUGACUCCAUGAAUGGGUACAGUGCAGGGCCUGGUCUCAUGCCCACCAAGAUCGUCAAAACUGCCAACCAGCUUUACACGCUGUACCCAGAGAACAACGGCGAGGCCAACUACCUGAUGUCAUGUGACCAGGAGCUGAAGUCCAAGACCCCUGCGGAGCCAUUCUUCGUCAUUCCACAGAUCUGGUCCAAACCCCUGGUGUCAGGAUUCUGCGGCCUCCCUGUGUCAUCCCUGCCGCCUCUGGAGUGGCCUCUCCCGUCCCGCACAGAUCAGUAUGAGCUCCACAUAGAGGUGCAGCCGCGGCCACAUCACCGCGCUCACUAUGAGACGGAGGGCAGCAGAGGAGCGGUGAAGGCCCCGACCGGAGGGCACCCCGUGGUCCAGCUGCUCGGAUACAGAGGCAAAGAUCCUCUGUGUUUACAGAUCUUCAUUGGCACUGCUGAUGAGCGCAUCCUCAAACCUCACGCCUUUUACCAGGUCCACCGCAUAACAGGCAAAACCGUGACCACCAGCAGCUACGAGAAAGUCCUGCAUGGAACCAAGGUCCUGGAGAUCCCCCUGGAGCCCAAGAACAAUAUGAAGGCCAUAAUUGACUGUGCAGGGAUCCUGAAACUGAGAAACGCCGACAUCGAGCUACGAAAAGGCGAGACAGACGUGGGACGAAAGAACACACGAGUUCGACUGAUCUUCAGAGUCCACAUCCCACAACCCGGAGGAACCACAGUGUCUCUGCAGGCUGCUUCUCACCCAAUCGAGUGCUCUCAGCGGUCGGCUCACGAGCUCCCACUAGUGGAGCGGCAGGACAUUGACAGCUGCUGUGUGCUUGGGGGGCAGCAGAUGAUCGUCAGCGGACAAAACUUCAGCUCUGACUCCAAAGUCAUCUUCUUGGAGAAAACACAAGAUGGUCAGCAGAUCUGGGAGAUGGAGGCCACAGUGGACAAGGACAAGAGUCAGCCAAGCAUGCUUUUCGUGGAGGUGCCUUCAUACAGGGACUCAAAUGUGGUUCAUCCGGUCAAAGUCAAUUUCUAUGUGAUCAACGGCAAAAGAAAACGCAGCCAGCCGCAACAUUUCACCUACACUCCGUUGCCAUCUCCGUCCAUUAAAAGUGAGCCUUUAGACGAGUAUGAGAGCUUUGUGAUGCCGCAGAUGUUUUACCACAGCCAGAGAAGCGUCCUGAAUCCAGACAACAGCCUGGUCUCCAACUUAUGUUUAAGCUCAGGCCUCUCUCCACAGACAGAGGAGGGGCGGUUCCAGCAGCAGAGUCCGGCCAUAGUGUUCUCUCGUGGGGGCAAAUCCCUGAGCUCUGGCCUUUACCAGCAGCAAACCUCCACAGUCAUGUCCGACCCGCACCAUCGCUCCGUUCUGGUGCACACUGGCUCACCUGCACAGCACCCCUCAAUCAUCCAGUUCUCUCCGACCAAUCAGCAGCUUCUGCCCAGAGCAGACGAAGCCUUAGCCCCACCCACACAUGACAACCAGCACGUGGUGUAUUGUGAAGGCUACUCUCCCCAGGCCCACUCGCCCUCACACCACCAAUCUUACCCCUCUGUGAUCCAGCAGCAGUUCACCCAGAAAAGCCCCUCUCCCCCGACGCCGCAGAAGGCACGCACUCCCCCCGACAAUCCCCCAGACCAUCCCACAGAUCGACGAGUCACAGUCAAAGAGGAGAACCUGGACCAGGCUUACCUCGAUGAUGUGAAUGAAAUCAUCAGAAAAGACCUGACCGGAGUCCAGGCGAGAGGAAACUCGUAG